UUUCCCAGCCGCAUUCGUGCUUUUUUCUUUCCCUCUUCCUUUGUUUCUUUCUUCGCCGAUGCUCGUGACCUCUUCGUCGCCUGUCAUUAGUUGGUCACCGGUAAGUUGACCGUAUCUCCCUCGUCGUGACCCGAACCCCCCCUUCGUCGUGGGUCCCUAAAGUUGCAAGCCUUUCGCAGCAAUGGGAAGAUCAAAAAAGGGCCCAAAAGUUGCUCGCAUGAAGAAGAUGGUCACUCAAAAAGCUAUUAAAAACUACAAGGAGCAAGUCUUGAACCCUAACAAGAAAGACAUGACCAAGGAAAAGCUCCCAAGAAACGUGCCGAAUGUUUCUUCUGCCCUUUUCUUUACACACAAUACCUCCUUGGGACCGCCUUAUCGCGUUUUGGUUGACACCAACUUCAUCAAUUUCUCCAUUCAGAACAAAUUAGAUCUGGAGAAGGGAAUGAUGGACUGCUUAUAUGCAAAAUGUACUCCUUGCAUCACAGAUUGUGUGAUGGCUGAGCUUGAAAAAUUGGGCACGAAAUACCGGGUGGCUCUGAGGAUUGCUAAGGAUCCUCGUUUUGAAAGAUUGCCGUGUAUUCAUAAAGGAACUUAUGCCGACGACUGUAUUGUUGAGAGAGUUACACAGCACAAAUGCUUUAUUGUUGCUACAUGUGAUCGGGACUUGAAGCGAAGGAUUCGUAAGGUUCCUGGUGUUCCGAUCAUGUAUAUCACUCAGCACAAGUAUUCAAUAGAACGACUUCCCGAAGCAACCAUUGGUGGAGCUCCAAGAUAUUGACACGAUAGUAGCAGUGAUCUCUGAGUUCUAUUUUGAUACGAGAUGUCCAAGAUAGUUGAUCCAAUGUAACAAGCACCUACUCCCAGUGUUUUAUUUUCCCCUUUUUUAUAUUAACAUAGCACAUGCCUUUGAUAAUUGAUCUUAAGUACUGGUGGCGUUUACCAUUCUAGCUUUUAUUUAAUGACAAUUGUAGUCAAGUUUUUGCUAA